GUCGGACAAGUUUAUAGUUUUUAGCGCUCCCCAACGUAUAGGACUCGACAGAAGUUCCCCACGUCGUUAGAGCCAGUACACCUUGACCAAUGGCCAGCACAGUAGCAGAAAGCUCAAGUCCAAUCAAGGACUUCAGGGCUGCUCACACCUGUUCAUCUGGCGUCCAUAGGUAUAGAGGCGCUGUGGUAGAGGAUUUACAACUUCCACCGGCAUUUGCACUCCCACAAAGCGAAAACAUAGCUCGUGCGAUCGAGCUGGCGUACGAUCGUGACUUCUCGCACAUCCCGAUAUUAUCCAAAGAACGCAAGCCACUGGGAUAUCUUGACGUAGCGGCGCUCAAGACCAAAUGGGAGGCUGGCCAGGCCGAUCCGAGUGACAAUGUAAAACAGUAUAUGACCAAGUUCUCUCGUGGGCCAUCGCAGAUAUAUACACUCAUCACGCCAGACACGCCCCUUCAUGAACUCGAAGAUUUCCUAAAGAAUAAUCUUUUCGCACUUGUCACCGACCCGGAGAGAAAAUUCGUCUUGGCAGUGGCCACCCAGAGUGAUCUAGAUAGUUACAUCACUCGUCGUGGCCUCUGACGGAAAUACCACGGUCUUGUUCGCUGGCAUAUUUCACUAGUAGCAUGGUUUUAAUUGCCCUGUUUUAGACUUUUGAUGUUUACUACAAUCCUUUGGUCCC